UCCACAAAAAAUUUCACAUCCACACACAUAUACACAAGUUUCUAGUACAGCUGUGUGAUACUGAAAAAAGAGCUACUGACUCUUGGUUUUGUUUGUCCAUGCAAUCAUGAGGUUCUUGGCGAUGAACAUCCCCAGUGCGUUCGCCACUACCACUAGUGUAGCUGACACGAGUCUCAGUGUCCUAUAUCUAUCCAGAGUACCGGUCCAGACUGAUAGAUAGAUGAUGAACAUCAUGGGGAAGACACCGAGCAUGGAGCAAGCCGUCCCAUACGUGUUGAUGAAACCGACGUUGUUCUUCCUUAGGGAAAGGUAGGCAAGUGGAACUCCCACGAGGUAGCCAGAAAAAGUGAGGAGGAAGCAGUAGUCGUAGCGGACGAGGAAGCCAACGGCGAGACAAAGGACUGCGAGAGCUGACUGGACGCAGAGCAAAAGUUUGAAUCUGUAUUUGAGCACCACGCUCGUCUGGUAGUGACUCGCCACCUUUUCCCUGUGGGUGAAGUCGGAGCCGUCAGUGACCGCGCAGCUCGCGGACCACCCCUCCCAGCCAUGGAGAAGGGACGGAGCUAGGUAGGAAUGUAGAAAGACAACUCAAGUCCGCGCUGGAAUAAUGUUCCAAUAAAUGCCCACCCACGGAGGUCGAAGGUCGAAACGUGGCCACCAGAUCAGCAGACGGAAGAAAAGCGAGUGGAUGUCUGCCACAGCGGUACUGGAGCAGCUUUUGUCCGUCGUUAGAUGCAGAGCUCAUCGACUAUAUCAAUGGAGUGUUGGAGUCACCAGAGGAUUUUGAGAGCAGUGAGGAGCUGUAUGAGGCGUUGGGAGGUAUGAUAGAGGGGGCCCUGGGAGAGGACGAGGAGGGGAGAGACGUACACUUCCUCUGCCAGCAGCUCUUCUCCAUCGCUCUCGGGGAGAGAGAGAGUGAGGCUGGGGAUCGCAAGCUACUGGCUGCACCUGUCAACCUUGCUGAGCAGGUCAAAAGUACAGGUAGCAGUGAUGUGGAGACAGUUAGCAGCAUGUGGAUGAAGGCUCCAGACACCAGAUAUCUGGUGGACCAGAAGAAGUUGGAUAAAGCAGAGGCCAAACUGAAACAGAAACUGGAGAAGAGAACUCAGAGAGACACCACCUCUGCCUCUGCCAGCAAAGGUAGUCCAGCAUUGUCAGGACCCACUACCAGCCAGUCAGCCAACAAACAGCUGGACAGAGCAGAGGCGUCCGGAGGACUCACAUAUGACCUCAAGAUUGAGAACAUUGACAUCUCCUACGGACAAAAGACUCUGCUGUCUGGGGCAGACCUGGGCCUAACAUUUGGCAGGAGAUAUGGUCUAGUAGGGAGGAAUGGCACGGGGAAGACGACGCUGCUGAGAUCAAUAGCCAGUCGAGAACUGCGGCUUCCGUCUCACCUGACGGUGCUACAUGUGGAGCAGGAGGUGGAGAGGGGAGAGGGCAGUGCUUUGGAGAGUGUGUUGGAGUGUGACUUCGAGAGAGGGGAGCUGAUAGCCAGGGUGAAGAGGGCUGGAACAACCCCAGAAGAGGACACAUCGCUCCCCGAGCUGUAUGCCAGGUUGGAGGAGAUUGAAGCUGACAAGGCACCUGCCAAGGCAGCUUCAAUUCUGGCAGGAUUGGGAUUCUCGGCAGAAGCACAGAGUUUUCCAACAAAGCAGUUUUCUGGUGGGUGGAGGAUGCGUCUUGCACUGGCUAGAGCACUCUUCACCAAACCAGACCUCCUCCUUCUUGACGAACCUACCAACAUGUUGGACAUGAGAGCUGUUCUCUGGCUGGAAGACUAUCUAUUGACGUGGCUGUCGACCAUUCUGGUUGUGUCUCACGACAGACACUUCCUCACUUCAGUCUGUACUGAUAUCAUCCACAUGCACUCCAAGAGACUUGACUUCUACAAAGGAAACUAUGAGACAUUUGUCCAGACAAAGACUGAGAAGCUAAAGAGCCAACAGAGAGAAUAUGAGGCUCAGAUGCAGUAUCGCCAGCAUCUCCAGGCGUUUGUGGACCGAUGGAGAUAUAAUGCAAAAAGAUCAUCACAGGCCCAGAGUAGACUAAAGAUACUGGAGAAACUGCCAGAGCUAACACCAGUGGUGGCUGAGCAAGAAGUAAUUCUGAGGUUUCCUGAAGUUGACAAACUCUCACCACCGAUCCUGCAGCUCUCUGAGAUAACGUUUGGGUACGGAAAGGAAGUUGUUUUCAAGAACAUGAACAUCAAUGCAGAUAUGGAGUCCAGAAUAGCACUUGUAGGAGAGAACGGAGCGGGAAAGACGACACUAGUGAAGCUACUGACUGGAGAGCUGUCGCCUCAGGAAGGCUACAGACAGGCUCACAGAAGUUUGAAGACAGCCUUCUUCAGUCAGCAUCACGUGGACCAACUUGUCAUGGACGUGACUGCACUGGAAUUCAUGCAACAGAAGUUUCCAGGAAAGAGGGAGGAGGAGUACCGACAUGCUCUGGGGAUGUUUGGAGUGUCUUCUGAUCUGGCACUGAGGCCCAUUGCCUCCCUCUCUGGGGGACAGAAGAGUCGCCUAGCCUUUGCCAUCUUGGCUGUUCCAAGGUACCAUGCCCAUCUGUAAGUACUAUCGUACUUGUGAUAACAUUUGCACGAAUCAUGAAAGCAUCAAACGACAGGACACUACCAUGGCAGCUCAGCAGGUAGAGCUCCAUUAAGCCCACUAUUAGCUGCCCACUAUACAACACGAUACAAGGCAAAGGCAAACUUACUCAGUGUAACACAGGAAUAACACAUACACAUACCAGCGUAACCACCAGGUUUUUUACUUAUUUGUUUGUGUUCCCGGUGCUAUUGGCUGUGUUAUAUUCUUUCAGACCCAACUUUCUCAUAUUUGAUGAGCCGACAAACCACUUGGAUGUGGAGUCGUGGAAGCACUAGGAAAACCCUCAAUAGAUUCCUCCCUGUGAGUAAUUUCCGAUAAUUAUGUCAUACUCCAAAUCUGCCAUCAUAUAAUACUAUAAUUCUAACACUAUUAAAACCUGCCCCUGUCAAGUAUUGGGUGUGGUCUAAGGUUAAGGACUCACUUAUGAUAACCGAGGUCACCGUUCGAUCCCUGUCUAGUGGUCAAUCUUUUUUUAUAAUGAUGUAAUGAGUGUUGAUAUAAGAGGAACGUUUUUUCAUAAGUCUCUCGUGGCC